AUGUCUGGACGCGGAAAGGGUGGCAAGGGCCUCGGAAAGGGUGGUGCCAAGCGCCACAGAAAGAUUCUUCGUGACAACAUUCAGGGCAUUACCAAGCCUGCUAUUCGUCGUCUUGCUCGUCGUGGUGGUGUCAAGCGUAUCUCAGCCAUGAUCUACGAAGAAACCCGAAGUGUCUUGAAGACCUUCCUCGAAGGAGUUAUCCGCGAUGCCGUCACAUACACUGAACACGCCAAGAGAAAGACAGUCACAUCUCUCGAUGUUGUUUAUGCCUUGAAACGUCAAGGACGUACCCUCUAUGGUUUCGGUGGUUAA